AUGGCAAGCUCUUCCGACCGGAAUGACCGUGUCAUUCACGGUAAUGCCUUCACCCCGCGGGCAGGUCAUACCGCCAAUAACUCCAACAGCCCUGGAUCAAUCCCACACUCUCGCCCUGUUGGUUGCCCAAGCAUCAUCUCAUCCACGGGAGAUAUCGACGAAGCUGGCGCCCGUCUGAGUACAAUGAGCUUAAACAGCUCCCCCACCAGGCACAGCUAUUCCGGCUACAAUCAGGAACCUCACAGGCCACGUUCGUCUCUGACGGAUACAGACCGCACGGUCGCGAAUGAUGAUUUUGGUUCUCGCUUCCAGCUUGGAAUGCAGCCUUCGGGCGACGUAUUCCUUGAGGCGCAGAAUCAAGCCGGCGUGGGAAACAGGGAAGUUGGCCAUCCCAUCAACACUGCCGGACCUGAGAAGCCACCCAGCUCCGUAGGCACUUCUGGGCCUUUGACUGGAACAUCAGUAACCCUCCGACCUCGACCUUCCAACUUGAGCGCCCGGCAUCAUGUUGGCGGUGUUGAUGCCCAAGGGGUUUACCCCUCCACUGCAUGCGUCUUUGUAGCCAACUUGCCUCAGCUCCAGGAUGACCAAUCUCUUGAAGCUGCUAUCACCCGGGAGUUCAGCAAAUACGGAACUGUAUUUGUCAAAAUUCGGCGUGAUAGAGACCAGAUGCCAUUUGCCUUUUGCCAGUACACGAAAGAUGAGGAUGCCAAAGCCGCAGUAGACCAAGGGAGAGGAACACAGAUUCUCGGACGUUCUUGUCGCACGGAAAUGGUGAAGGCUAAUCGUACUUUCCUUGUUUCCCGGCGUUACGGCAAUAAAAUCACGCUCGAAGAAGCUCGUGAUGUUCUGGAGCCUUUCGGUGCUAUAUCCAAGGUAGAGAUACCGGAUGCUCGCACCCAGGAGGCCACGGGUAUCCGAGGUGCGGUACUUGUGGAGCUCUCCAACUUCGACCUGAGUCGCGACCUUCCAGCUUACUUCCGACACAAUGAUGCCUACCGCGUGGAGACUUUCCGACCCGAUGGCUUGAAGGAGAGGAGGUCGGGCAUUCUCCGACGUCAUGAUGCUGAUGAAGCUUUCCUCACGCAGUAUGAGGUUGACCGGCGCUCUGUGUUCGUUGGCAAUCUCCCUCGUGACAUCACCGAAGAGCAGGUAGCGGACUUGUUUUCGGCUAUUGGAACUGUUAAUAGGGUCCAGAUCAUCAAGAGAACUGGAACUCCCAUUGAGCAACCUUUCGGCUUCAUCGAGUUUGAUCGCCCAGAUACGCCAGAGGCUGCAAUAGCUGCUUUGCACGGCUUUAUUCACGAGGGCAGCCGUCUUCGUGUGGAGCGCAAAGUUGUCAAAGACAAGCAGUCUCCGCGUCGCGUGCCUUCUCGGUACUUGCCACGUCUCCGUACAGAGGUUGCUGGCACCAUAAUUCCUCCUAAUCCUGUGGCUCCCGCAACGCCCGAAGCAUCAGAGAGCAGGUUCAGUCAUCUAUCAGUCUCUUCAAACCUGCCCUCCUCUCCUGGCGGGGCUCAGUCGGCGACAUCUUCUGCAUGGAACUGGCCCUACCCGUACCAUAGCCCUAUGCAAGCAUCAUUCAACACCCACAACUAUGUUUCCGCGCCACCUUCGCCAUAUGGACCGCAGAUGCCUCUUCAGGGAAUGCCCAUGACGCCUCAGGCGACGCCGGAUUCUUUCGGUCAGUAUGCAGCAUACUACGGUGCCCUCUUCCCUCACAUGUCGUUCGUACCGAACCCUCUGGCUGGCAAUCCCAUGACGGCGAACCAUAUGGCCGCAGGUAUGGCGCCAUACUACACGCCGGCAUAUCCGUCGCCGACUACAAGCAGCUUCAACAUUGACAGGAGUGUCAAUGAAGGCGUGUCCAGCCCCACGCGCGCAAAGCACAAUAACCAAGACAACUCAACCCAUCUCAGCGGCGCGCCCCACGGCGACUUCAACAUUUCUUGA